AGCCAAGGUCCGGGUAUGUGCAGACAGAUCGACUCCAUCUGUGCAGACUAGCACUUAGGUCUGCCUGCACUUCGCCUCCUCGCGUUCGGGAGCCCCCAGGAGCCCACCACGGUCCUCCCCACGUCGUGCUGCCCUGCGCCCGCAACCAUGUGCCGCACACUGGCCGCCUUCCCCACCACCUGCCUGGAGAGAGCCAAAGAAUUCAAAACACGUCUGGGAAUCUUUCUUCACAAAUCAGAGCUGGGCUUUGAUAGUGGGAGCAUUGGCAAGUUCGAGUGGGGCAGUAAACACAGCAAAGAGAGUAGAAGCUUCUCAGAAGAUGUGCUGGGAUGGAGAGAGUCCUUUGACUUGUUGCUGAGCAGUAAAAAUGGAGUGGCUGCCUUCCACGCUUUCCUAAAGACAGAGUUCAGUGAGGAGAACCUGGAGUUCUGGCUGGCUUGUGAGGAGUUUAAGAAGAUCCGGUCCGCCACCAAGCUGGCCUCCAAGGCUCACCGCAUCUUUGAUGAAUUCAUUUGCAGUGAAGCUCCUAAAGAGGUGAACAUAGACCAUGAGACCCGGGAGCUGACCAGGACGAACCUGCAGGCUGCCACGGCCAGUUGCUUUGAUGUGGCCCAAGGGAAGACCCGCACCCUGAUGGAGAAGGACUCUUAUCCACGCUUCCUCAAAUCACCUGCUUACCAGGACCUGGCUGCCCAAGCCUUAGCUUCCUCCACCUCUGCAUCUAGCAGCAGCCCAGCUGAGCCUUCACACACAUGAGCCUCCAUGGCAGCAAAGAAGCCAGUGGGAAGAGAGGUGGAGUCACCCAUCCCUGAGGCGGCUGUCCUGUGUGGAAGGCAGGUUCUGCCCAGCAAGUGCGAGAGGACAGUGAAAGGAAAGACAUUCCCACAGCCUGGGUACAAAGAACUCCCCCUCCUUCAGAUACUGUGAGCUCAGUGUGGGAGAGGCUCCCCACUACAGGACCUGUCGCUGAGGACUGAUGAUGAGACUGUGGGGGCAUUUAGGGCAGAGUAAUGGUGGUACAGCAGUUAACUCUGGCUCCUGUCCUUCCUACCAGAGCAAGCUAGGAUUCGGGAUGGUUAGGGACCUUAAAAACAGGAGCUGGAAAGAACCAUACCAGCUGUUUGCCUGGGGGACAGUUGGCUUUGGUCACAUCUUGUUUUCCUCAUUCCUGGAUGGGGCACAGAAGGAACCAUGGACCCUUCCCAUCCUGUCCUCACCUACCCAGGGUCACCCCAGGGCCCUUCGCUUAGGCUUCUUAACAUUCCUCUGGGGCCAUCCUUGUAUUCUCAAUAGGGUCAAUGAGUCAAUGUGAUUCUUGCCCAGAAAGAGAUUUUUAUACCUCAAAAACUGGCCUAUGAGUCCCUUUGCAGGUCAGUAAUGAGCCCUGAAAAAGGCUCAUGUGACCCCAUCUUGCCCAUGUGACCCUAGACUGGGUGCUCUUUGUGGCCUUCUGUAGGUGGCCACCUGACCUUAUGUUUGCAACAGGGUCCACUUGUGAACAGAAUUAACCGAGCGGCUUCCCUGAGCCCUGUGCUGCCCUGGAAGAUGGGGCUCAAGAAGGAGGUAGGGGUGGGAAGGAGGCAGGAGGCAGGAGGCUUUGGGCAGCAGGGCGAGAGCUUAUGUCCAGCAAUUGGAGCGAGGGAGAAAGGGUCAUGAAGACCAAAUCUCCUGGCAGAGCCCCCAAAUCCCACUGAAAUCAAGCCAGUAUUCUCGUGGCUAUGAGAACAAGGAAAAAGAGAUGCCCCGGGGUGGAAGGGGGAGCCACGUGCUUCUUUCCCAGUGGACAUGAGAUGCCCACUGUAGUUGGGAGACAGGUGGGGCAGGGACCACCACAGCCCCGGAUGUGCAGUUGGGGAGUAGCACAGCUGCUUGUAAGGGUGAGGUUGGGGGAAAUCAGCCUGCCUGUCUGGGUCUUACCGAACAAACGUUCCAUGUUGGGACUUCCUGUACCAGAGUCUAAGAGGGCAGCAGAAUCCCCAGGCAGGUCCCAUGAGACCCAGGCUCGCUAGCACUGUUCUCUCUGCACUUGAGCUCCUCCAGGAGAAAAUUAUUUAAGUCUAAUAUAUUGUUAGUGUUGUGCUGAUUGCCUCAGCAAUUAUUUUUGUUGAUGUUGUUGCUGUUGUUAUUUAUUGUACUUUGUGUCUACUGGAGAAUCUCUGUAAGAGUUGCUGCCUGACUGUCCCUCCCCUCCACCUCCCAGACUCUACCUCUGCAAGUGUUGGGAACCACUGAGGGCCUGUCAGGAGCUCCUCAUUGUUUAAAUAUUUAUUUAUUGUGGACAAAGGGAGCUGGGUUCCUUGAUGAGUGAUGUAUGCAAUUCCUGUUUUCUUGUUUGAGCAUGUUAUA